UCAAAGCUACAAUAGCUUUAGAAAAUGCUAGAGAUUUUGAAGUCAAGGGAAAAAAUGUCAUUUUCAUCCUUUAUUUUUAUUAACACAUCAAUGAGGGUCAUUGAUGGAUCUUGAAUAAACAAUAAUGAAAUAAGUACUAAGAGUAGGAGGUUCUGUGACAACUGAAACAAGGACAAUGUCAAACGACAAGGUAUACCGUUGAACAAAUAACUUAAACUAUUUCCUAUAAUAGAAUUUGUCCAAGGAUUCAUGCUUCCUGAAGAAAAGAAAUGGGAGUGUACACCCAAAAGAGUUGUUUAGAGGGAGCUGUUAGAAAACCUAAUUGGUUGAAUUUCUAGAGAAGCUCAGGCUGGGAAUGAACCAAAAAAAAAAAAAACUAAAAUGGUGUGGCCAAGAUGGGAAACUUUUCUUUUUCUGAUGUUCAGAAUGAUGCUCUUACCACAAGUGAAUGCUGAAACUGAUACCUUAACUCAAUCACAACAACUUUCAUUGAAUCAGACGCUUGUCUCUGCUGGAAAAAUAUUUAAGCUAGGCUUUUUCAGUCUAGGUAAUUCGAGCAGACUAUAUCUCGGUUUGUGGUUCAAGAAUAUUCCUAGUCAGAGGAUUUUAUGGGUAGCAAACAGAGAAGAUCCACUCCCAGCUUCUGACUCUGCUGUAAUCUUGAAGAUUGCAACUGAUGGGAACCUCAAAAUUGUGAAUGGUAACCUAAAUACUAUUUGGUCAACCAGUGCCUCUCUCCAGUCUAAUAACACGAUUGUUGUACUUACAGAUAAAUGGGAAUUCAUUCUGAAAGACAGUGUGUCAGGAAUAUCUUUAUGGGAUAGUUUUAAGUAUCCUUGUGAUACCUUGUUAUCAGGAAUGAAUAUUGGAUACAGCACCAGGACCGGGGAGAAGUUUGUCUUAUCAUCCUGGCAGGCUGAAGAUGACCCGUCGCCUGGAAAGUUUGCUACUGGACUUUCGGUAGAAAUGCCACCUCAAGGCUUCACUUGGACUAAUUACUCGAGGCCUUACUGGAGAGGUGGCCCAUGGGACGGAGGGGACUUCAUAGGCAUACCCGAUGAUGACAAGGGGUUUGCAAGUGGUAUAGAUGUAAUAUCAAAUAAGCAACAGGAAUCUGCCUUUCUCAGUUUCAAUAAUUUCUAUGAUUCUGAUUUAGUAAUCAUGGUCCUAAAACCAUCAGGGCUAUUGCAAAUGAUGGUAUGGGUAGAAGAACUGAAUGCAUGGAAGGGAAGUUGGGUGGCACCAGAGAAUCCAUGCGAUGUUUAUAGAACUUGUGGUCCUAACGGUGUUUGCGAUAAGAAUAAGUCUCCAGUCUGUGAUUGCUUGAGAGGAUUUGCACUAAAGCCAACUAAGGAAUGGAACAGAGGAAAUUGGACCGAUGGCUGUGUGAGGCAAACUAAACUUCUUUGCGAAAUCAGUACAAGUGGCAUAGCCCCAAAGGCAUUGAAAAAUGACACGUUCUUGCAACUAACUGAGAUGAAACUUCCAGAUCACUACACAUAUUUGCGUGAUCAAUACAGCGUUCAGAACUGCAAAGAGUGGUGCCUAAAUAACUGUUCCUGUGUAGCCUAUGCGUAUCCAGAUACAAUUAACUGCAUGGUUUGGACUUCAGAACUAAUGGAUGUUCAGCAGUUUCCAUCUGAUGGCAUGGAUUUGUUUCUUCGUCUUCCUUAUUCUGAACUAGAUGAAGAUAAAAGGAAGAAAAAACUUGUCAUCGGCUUCACAACCGUUUCAAGCAUUCUCAUAUUGGGCAUAUUUGGAUGCAUCUUCUGCAGGUGGAAAGCAAAUCAAAGAGGAUACAGAAAAAAUAGGAUUAAAGACCUCAUUUUGGCUGAUAAGGGUCAGAGUUCAAGGGAAAUGUCCACAGACAAUUUGUGGGAAGGACAAGCAUUGCCAAACGAUUCAUCAGAACUACCGCUUCUUGACUUUGCUAAACUGGCUACUGCAACUGAUAACUUCAGUGAAAUAAAUAAGAUUGGAGCGGGAGGAUUUGGCCCUGUUUACAAGGUAAUACCAAUCUAUGGACAAUUAAUAGCUGUGAAAAGAUUAUCUAGUUACUCUGGACAAGGAAUUGAAGAGUUCAAGAAUGAAGUCUUGCUAAUCUCCAAACUGCAGCACAGGAAUCUCGUUAGAAUAUUGGCCUAUUGCGUUCACGGGAAAGAGAAGUUACGAGUUUAUGAGUACAUGGCUAAAAGAAGCUUAGAUACUUUGUUGUUUGAUCCUAAACAAAGCCAUCAGCUGCCUUGGCCAAAACGUUUCGACAUGAUUCAUGGCAUUGCUAGAGGACUUCUUUACCUGCACCGCGAUUCUUGUUUACUGCUCAUUCACCGAGAUCUAAAGGCAAGCAAUGUCCUCUUGGACGAUGAUAUGACUCCCAAAAUCUCAGAUUUCGGCUUGGCCAGAACGUUUCAAGUGACUCACGAACUAAACACUCAGAGAAUUGCGGGAACAUUCGGUUAUAUGUCACCUGAAUACGCCAUGGGAGGAGUAUUCUCUGAGAAAUCUGAUGUCUACAGCUUUGGCGUUUUGCUACUAGAGAUUGUCAGUGGCAGGAGAAAUAGAGGAAUUUAUGACCAUGAAAGGCAUUUGAACCUUCUUAGUUAUGCAUGGCAGCUAUGGACUGAAAGCAAAGGACUAGACUUAAUGGAUAAAUCAAUUUCGGACUCACGUUCCUCUACAACAGUGUUGAGAUGUAUACAUAUUGGCCUGCUCUGUGUCCAGGACCAUGCAGCGGAUAGACCAUUAAUGUCAUCUGUAGUUCUUAUGCUAAGUAGUGAGAUGGAUCUGCCUCAACCAAAGCAACCUACAUUUAUAUUUCAAAGACGGUUGAAUUCUUCUACCCAAUCACAAAUCAGCAAAGUUCCGUCAGUUAAUGAUAUUACUGUCUCUGUGGCAGAAGGCCGAUAACCAAUUCAAUAUGUUGCAUGUACCAUUUUAAUAUGUGUAUACAGCUUUUCUAAGCUAUUAUUAUCAUCUGAUAUUUUCUUUGUUUAUGUUUUAUCACAUAGUUAUUUUUAUCAAUAGAACUCAGACAUAAACACUGCACUUGGUCAAGGUAAUCUAUUUCAGUA